AUGCAAACAUAUGACAGUCAGGAAAACGUGGAUGUUGGAAUACAGCUCCACAACGGGGAUCCAACCUCUGUGAUUUCUCUAGAACAAACCAGCAUUGCUCAAUUUCAAGUCGCAAAUGUCCCGCGCCGCGAAACUGUAUUUCCAAACCCAAGUCCAAUUGCAGAAUGUCGCGAUGAUUUGCCGAUCCUGUCUGUUUCCAUGCAGCUCGGGGUGGAGAAGUCCGGAGUUGAGAUUAUGACGACGCAUAUUGAUAGCGACGCUCCUGCUGGUCAUACACCCUCUAGCGCGAGCUCUGCUCCGACUGACAUUGAACGACGCCAUUAUUCUAUCGUGCUCUAUGGCUGUACUGAGGCCACGUACUCCUGCAUCAGUAAUCACGGGUCGGAAUAUCAGAAUCUUCUUCAAACAGAGCUGACGUCGUUUCAAUACUACUCAAGAGCACAUCACCCUGUCUUUCUUCGUGCACUUCAUAAAUUGCAACCUGGGUCGGACGUAGAGUCCAUGGAUUGGGAGGAUUGA